GGAUUAUUACUCUUCUACUAUUAAAUGUUAUUACAAAGCAAAGACCAAUUACUAAACGCUGGCUUGUCCAACAUUCAUAAGAGCCUAAUUUUCUGAUCAUCUCCUAUAAUACCAUUCAACCUCUUCUGUAUCCUUUCUCAUACUACAAUGUCUACCUUAAACAGCGAAAACAUAGAUGAUCCCAACAAAUAUGAAUAUCCCAAUUGGUAUUCACCGGAAACCGGGAUCUACAAUAGCACACAUCCACCGAGAAACCUGCCUUCAGACACAUUUCUUGAUGUCGUUUCCUUCCUUUUCUCAUGCCAACACAAAGGGGUCUCAGCCCUUAUCGAUGCCUCAUCCGGGGUUUCAAUACCUUACUCGGAGCUCUACUCUUCGGUCAAAUCCAUGGCCUCCGGCCUCCAUUCGACGGGCGUCACGAAAGGCGACGUCGUUCUGGUUAUGCUUCCGAACUCCAUUUACUUUCCUGUCGUUCUUUUGGGAGUGUUGCACUCGGGAGCCAUUUUCACUCCCAUGAAUCCUCUAAGCAGCGUCACGGAAAUCGAGAAACGCGUCGCCGAUUGCAAGCCUUGUCUUGCCUUCACUGUCCCUGAGAAAGUGGACAUCUUUCGGAAACUUGGUGUUGCUGCAAUUGGAGUGCCUGAUCAAAAUGUGAGCCUUGGUGAUUUUUUGGACUUUUCAAAGCUUAUUUCUAGUGACUAUAACUUGGCUUCGAGGCCAUUAAUUAUGCAAGAAGAUACGGCGGCAAUAAUGUAUUCUUCUGGAACCACGGGUUUGAGCAAAGGCGUCGUAUUGAGUCAUGGAAAUUUUAUAGCCAUGAUCGAGCUUUUUGUGCGGUUUGAGGCCUCGCAAUACGACUAUCCGAGCUCGGAGAUCGUUUAUUUAGCGGUUCUGCCGAUGUUCCAUGUUUACGGCCUCGCCUACUUCGCAAUGGGGUUGUUUUCUCUUGGUUCCACCGUCGUUGUGAUGAGAAAAUUUGACAUGAAUGAGGUGGCGAGGGCCGUAGAAAAAUAUAGAGUUACACACAUUGCUGCUGUUCCGCCGAUAUUAACGGCCUUGACAAAGGCUGCCAAAAACAAUGGUGGGAAAAGCUUUCGAAGCUUGAAGCAGGUUUCAUCUGGGGCUGCUCCUCCAAGUAGGAAGAUGAUUGAAGAACUUGUCCAGGUUUUUCCUCACGUUGAUUUCAUUCAGGUACAAUUUACAAGGGAAUAUUAUUUAUUUAUUUAUGUUUUCAAAGCAACUUUUAUUUCUCCAUAACCUAGAAUGAUGCCACCCAUAUACACAUGCAUAUUCGGUACAAUUUACAAGGAAUAUUAUUUUUCUUCAAGCAAUAUACAGUCCACCAUAACCUAGAAAAGAU